UUUAUAAAUCCCGUUGCCUUCAACAAAUGGGUUUUAAUAUAUCAUUCUACGAUUAGCAUUCGUUGAGAAAGGACGAUUAUUAUUUUGCACAUAUUUGCUGACACCUUUUUUGUAAAACACAAACAUCAUCGAAUUUGUGAGUUUAAAAGAGAUCUGGUUAAAUAUCGAGAUGAUCUGCAACUUGGGAAAGACGAAUGUGAUGGCCGCUGAAGAUAUCGAGUCAACUGGAAGAGGAUUCGUGACCAAAUAUUUUGAUGCACUGAUGGGAAAACCAAAUCCGUCGGCUUUGCGUCAGUUGUUAAACGAACAAUCUGUCUACGUAUUCGCGCAGUACGGACAUCCUGAUCAUGAGAUGUACGGCAUGUGUCUGAUCGGAUGGUUUAUAAAGCGAAUGGAAUACGGUAAAUGCACGGUGAUCGUUCGCUCGGUGGACACCUCAGCCAGACCGCACCCGGAGGAGUUCGCGGUUUCCUCGCUCUGCGAAUUAAUGCGUCCCGGGAAAGAUGUGCCGCUCAUGUUUACCCAAUCGUUUAUCAUUAAACGUGUCCCGUGAACCAGGACGGAGUUCCAGAUUGUUGAAACACGCUCUAAGUUCAACGAUGAGAUCGAAGAUGACUAUCUUCCGAAAGUCAUAUCCGUAUCCAUAAAUUGCAAGAAUAUGACAGUGAAAACAGCAGAAGUCUCCGAUAAAGUCACAGGGAGUAGUCAAAAAGCUCGAAGAUUCGAGUCCUGGGCGAACGGACGAAAUCCACAGCACGAAGAAAGUUUUCAGUAAGAAAAUCCGUGAAAAACCUCAAAGUACGUCAACGAAUCGGGAUGGAGAGUUGAAUGCUGGUAAAAUGUUGACGGCGUCGAGAACGCUAACAAGCUUAAAGAACGUGCGGAAACACACCGACGAAAAAACGAAUACAACCCUUAGAAUCAAUGGCAACACAAGUUGUGUUAAAUCCAACCGUGGUAAUGAAAUAGUUUCAAGGAAGAAGAUAGCGGAAAAUCCAAUGAUGGAAAUACAAUCCGUGAAAAAUGUACCAAAAGUCGUUUUGAAUCUAGACGAAAUAAAGACCAAAUCAGCAGUGAAGCGAAAUUACAUUAAUGUUCAAUCGAUCAAAUUUCAAAUGCCU